GAGACACUACCGAGACGGACGAAGUACAAAAGACCAACGCUGGCACCGGCAGCAACACCAGUGACGCAGGAAUCCAUCCCUGGCAGCGGAGGCGGCGCUCCCACGUCGGCGGCAGCGGCGGCGGCCUCGGACGACAUAGCAGCACUCAAGUACUACCUGAGGGAAAGAAAUAGAUCGGAGACUCACGCUGCCAAAAUCGUGCCCAUCAACAAGUGCUGCUAUUCAGGAAGCCAUGGAAGCAACCAUUCCUAAAAUAAAAAGAGGCCACUCGAAUGGCGAGCUGCCGCAGCAUAUAGAGCGGCUCAUCACCACCCGCAAUCGCCAGAGACGGCUGUGGCAGCGAAGUCGCCUUCAGACUGAUAAGCUCCUUAUGAACCUCUACACGGCACAAAUUAAAAUAGCGAUAAGCGAACACCGCAACGAGGCGUGGUACAGAAGGCUAAGCAGUCUCCGACCCACCGAUAACACUCUCUGGAGGCAGGUCAAAAUGCUCACCACCGAACCAGCACCAUUACCCGCUCUGAGUAGAACGGGCGACGACUCGAGCGAGACUGCCAUCAGCGACCGGUCGAACGCUGAGAUGCUGGCGGAGCACUACGUCGAGGUGCACCACAUCGGAGACGCGACCACCGACACGCGAGAGCAGCGCGGGGUUAGUGAUCAGGUUAGUGAGUUCCUUGAGCGGGCUCGGCAACAUACCAAUCCAUUAGAAAUGGAACAUAUGAUGACCAGACCGAGUGAGGUGAGAGAGGUCAUAUUGAGGACUGUAGCGAGAAAGGCACCAGUGGGUCGGUGUUAG